UGCUAGACGUCCAGUUUGCAUAUGACACAAUUGACCUGCAAAAGGUCCGGUUAAAGCACCUUCCCAACUUGCAUGUGUUACACGGAAUCACACUUAAGGAUAUACAGAAAAACAAACGUUUUUAACUAUAGUUACUGUGCAGUGGUGUUAGCGGUUUUAUUUAGUUUAUACUCUGUUAAUAAAACAUGGGAUACAAAUUGAUAAUUUUGUUAGGUUUAUCGCUUGGAGUUUUGUAUUGCAUUCACAUACUCGUUCAAGAUUACCAAGCGGUUACUGCUUCCAAACUUCUUCGAUUUCUAUUUAAAAGGGAUAUCAGUUCGCAUAAUUAUACGAGACCAAGCGUAAGGUGGAGAAAAAUUUUAAUGUAUGAUAGAAUACAAUGCGCUCGGUUCCUCUAUUGUACGCUGGGAGCGGCGACGGCGGCUGCGGGGCCGGACGGGGAAAUACGCAGAGGUCUCAUAUUAAUGCUCAGCUUGGACCCACGGGAUGAAGACAAAGAUUCUUUGGAAGUAUUCGAGACUGCGUACGAGUUUGGUCGAAAAGCUCACGAUGAAAUAAAUUGCAGAAAAAUGUUCCCAAUGUGUCCUUUCAAAAGUUCAUUUCUACUCGAUAUUAUUAAAUAUCUACUUGGCCGUAACUAUAAUAUAAUGUAA